AUGCGGAUCAUUGCUCCUCCACCUCCAUCCUACGGACUGCGGUACAGCGAAUCUGAUGUCCCAGAGCGCUUUGAUCCGUCGUUCCAGCUGCCUCCAAGCGCCAAUCGCAACAGCUUGGCAGCUCUAGAGAAGCCCACGGGCUUAAACGACCCAUUUGCACUGCGCGACAGCUACACGAGCGAGGCCAGUGGCUUCGACGUGCUCAACUUCUGGAACAUUGAAGCAGACCACGAAGCGUCCGCAAGCCAACUGCUGACCCCCACGGGCUUCCAAGACCCGUACCAUGGCGUCACCAUCGAUGUUAACAACCACUCCAUCAACAACCAGGGCGUGGUCAUGUAUCAUGUGGAUAUCAAGGGCCCGGACGGCAUCUUGUCCACAUACACUAUCCGUCGUCGCUUCCGAGCCUUCAAGAAUCUGCACACUGAGCUGAGCCGCCUCCUACUCGAGUACCAGGACUCGAGAGCUCAACUGGACGCGGCGCUGGCAGCCAGAGCGCCUUCUAAUUUGGACGGACCGGAGAACCACAUCCCGCUGAGCCCUCACAGCGCUGCGGCACUGGAGAAGCGCCCUCCAGUGUCCAAUACCAACUACAGGACAGUCAAAUUGCCCUCGUUGCCUAGUGCAGGAGUCUGGAGCUACCUCAAGCGCCACGACGUGCGUCUAGUGGAGCAACGCAAGAAACGCUUCCAGGAGAUUCUGCGACUGGCCAUUCGCCACCCGGCAACGAAACACAGCCCCGUGUUGGACGAGUUCCUGAGUGUAGCUCCCAGUGAGAUCUCACAACGAGGGUCGUCCUACGUGUCGCUACAAGACUACAGCGUGCCAGUAUUUGACCGACAACGCGAGUCCAUUGAGCGACGGCAGAGAAAGAUGAGGGUGCUGGAAGAUCGACGACUUCGUGCAGGAUCUGACAGCCAGUUUGGAGAGAGACCACACCAGUAAGGAAGAGGUGUAUUACAUUAAGCUGUAUCGAUAGUAAUGAACGUUUUCGUGACGGGAGAAA